CCAGCGCUUCCUGCUCGCACGGGCCAUGGCGCGGCCCGUGGCCGCCUACGAGGCGGCGGUGCCGGCCCGCCCCGCCUGCACCUACACCAGCUGCUACUGCGAAGAAAACGUUUGGAAGCUUUGUGACUACAUCAGGAGUCAGGAUCGGUACCCUUUAGAAGAGUUUUAUGCUGUUUUCAUAUCCAAUGACAGGAGGAUGAUUCCCCUCUGGAAGCAGAAAUCUGGACAUGGAGAUGAGCCUGUUGUCUGGGACUACCAUGUUAUUCUACUUCAUGUUUCCAGCGGGGAGCAGAACUUCAUUUAUGAUCUUGACACAGUGUUGCCGUUUCCCUGUCCGUUUGAUGUGUACAGCGUGGAGGCCUUUAGGCUGGAUGACAGCCUUCGUCCAGAAUUUCACAGAAAAAUCAGAAUGGUUCGAGCAGAUUUGUACUUGAAGACAUUUGCUUCAGACAGAUCUCAUAUGAAGGAUGCAAAUGGGAAAUGGCAGAAACCUCCUCCUCCAUACCCUUGCAUUGAAACUGCAGACUCCAAAAUGAACUUGGAUGAUUUCAUCAGUAUGAAUCCCAAUGUGGGAUGGGGCUCAGUGUUCCCCCUUCCGGACUUUGUGCAUCGAUUUGGCAGACAGACUGAUUACAGCUACUCCUUGGAAGAACAGUGAAGUGAACAAGGAAGUUCUGCCUGCUUCUGUUUCGAGUGGAUGUGUUGUGUUUUGCUGCUCUUACAUUGUGUUUAUAGUUUACAUUUCUGUACAUGGAAUAAUUACUUGGAAAAAUAGAAUACCCAGUCAGAAAUAUCAUGAACUGAAUAAAAACUUUUAUUUUGAUUAUGUAA